UUGUCGGCAAAACGUUUCUGUGCAGAUCCGAUUUAAAAGUGUUAAAUAGUGAAACUUAUUAAAGAUGCAGCAGGAUGAGAUCGUUUGGAGUGUCAUCAGUCGUCAGUUUUGUUCGUUUCAAGUGAAAACGCAAACGCGAAACUUCUGUCGCAACGAGUACAGUUUGACCGGUCUUUGCUCGCGCAAAGCAUGCCCCAUCGCCAACAGCCAAUAUGCCACGAUUAGGGAAGAAAAAGGCAACGUUUACCUGUACAUGAAGACGGCCGAACGAAAUGCUUUCCCAUCAAAGCACUGGGAGAAGGUUAAGCUUUCCCGUAACUUCGAGAAAGCUGUGUACCAGAUCAACGAAAAUCUCCUGUACUGGGAUCGGUUCGUGCGCCUGAAGUGCAAACAGCGGUUCACCAAAAUAACGCAGUACCUAAUUCGAAUGCGCAAACUUAAACUACGCCGAACAAGCAUGCUGGUACCGUUGUCCUCUAAGGUUGAACGACGGGAAAGGAGACGCGAAGAAAAGGCCCUCAUUGCCGCGCGGAUCGACAAUGCGAUUGAAAAAGAACUCAUGGAGCGUCUGAAGAUGGGCAUGUACGAGGAUAUCUACAACUUUCCACAGACUGCUUUCGAUAAAGCACUCGAUGCCGAAGAGGUGGAAGAAGAAGAAGACAUGGACGAAGAUGCUGAGGACGAACAGGAAGAGGAGGUGGAAAAGGAAAUGGAAGUCAGUGAAGAGUUGCGACGUGAACUUGAUCAACCGGACGAAUUUGUGGAAGGCGAAUCAACCGACGAUGAAGAUGACUUCUCCGAUGCGGAAAGCGAGUCCGGUAUCCGCGAGCAGGUGGAAGUGGACAGUGACUUCGAAUCAUCGGAAGGCUCUGAUAUGGAAGACUACCAGCCAAAGGUUUCCCUCCGGCCUCCGAAAUCGGACGACGAAACCGACGACCUACCUUCGUCUUCGGCCAAACCAAAGGCGACAGCAGACGCGAAAAAGAAAACACGAAAACUUCGCAAACCCAAACUGGAAAUCGAGUACGAAGUGGAAUCCGAGGCACCAGCACGACAAAGAAUUCGCCAAUGAGGUGGGUUGGGUCUUACAUAUGUCCAUUCUUACUUUUAAUUGCCUAUAAA